GCGAGGGUUGUUUCAGACACAUGAGAUAUAUCCCCGAGGUGCAUAUGUGCCAACCUAGAUCGAUCCAGAGUGUCAGAGAUUGGUGCUAGGUACCACUGCAAUAUCCGCUGGCCCGUCACUGACUCGAUUACAUGGGUUUUCCCAUAGCUCGUGCAGUCGGUGCGGAUGCACAGCAAACGGAAUGCUGCAGUAUUGGCAGUUCCACCUUACAUCUUCCUUGGACCUUAUACGUCUGCAUCGAGAUCUUUCAUUGAUUCAACAGGCAUUACCCACAUUAUUAGCAUCGGCAGGGCGCCUGUUUGUCCCAACCAUCCUCAUGUCCAAUACCACCGCCUGCAACUCUUGGACAAAGAUAUAUCCUCCAUCUACACGGCUAUUGAUAGAGCCAACCAGGUCAUCGCUGAUGCCAGGAACAGCGGAGGGAAGGUUCUCGUGCACUGUGUCGCAGGGGUGUCCCGCUCUCCGACAAUUAUCGCAGCAUACCUUAUCUCGAGAUGUUCUAUGUCGUUGAAGGACGCACUUGGGCUGCUCGUGCGCGCGAGGCCUGUCGUGUGUCCUAGACCAGGGUUUAUCGCGCAGUUAAAGGACCUGGAGUUAAGGGUGAGAGGACAUUGUUCACUCGAUGUGGACGUUCUUCCUGGCUCGAGGGAGGCGCGUUUGGCACUCCUUGAGGGUUGAUCAAAGGUUGAUCGGCAACUGGUGAAACUUGUCUCGCCUUCAUUAUGCAGCGCCUCGUAGUAGUCGGCCUAGCCAAGUGCACCUUUCGGGUUGGCGGUUCCCAUACUACGUUUGUGACGAGAAAGUGUUAUUCAUCCCAUGAGAACGUACAACUGUAAUAAUACUAGAGAUUAUUUGUUCGGUACCCAACUGCAACAGGAUUCACGACACUAUUUAGGCUGGAACCAUCGUAAA